CGACUCUGCGGCACGAUUCUAGCUCAGUUAUCUUGCUUUGCUGCGCGCCGGCACUGGGUACUUCCCGGGCGACCAUGGCCCCUAAACCUUUACCAGCCGAGUAUCGCAAACUAGUAUGCGUCACGACAGCGCCGAAGUUCCGCGAUGCCGUCGCCAUCGUUACGGUGUCGAUGCCGAAGCCCGGACCGGAUGAGGUGCUUGUGAAAACCCACUUGGCCGGUGUCAAUGCUUCGGACGUCGACGCAACCUCCGGCCGGUACGGACAGGCGUCCAAGGAAUUCCCGUUCGACCUGGGCUUCGAGUCGGUCGGAAGGGUGGUCGCGGUCGGCGAGAACGUCGAUGAACUUCAGGUCGGCGCCCCCGUGGCCACGACUAGUUUCCUCAAGGGCGGCGCGUUCGCCGAAUACCAAUGCUUGCCGGCAGAGCAAGCGUACCGCCUGCCGAAGCUCGAUCAGCAGGCGCUGCCGCUCCUGGUAAGCGGUCUAACGGCCGCAAUUGGCCUCGACCAGCAGGGGCGCAUCAGCGCUGGCGAGACGGUGGUGAUCACUGCGGCCGCAGGAGGCCUCGGUCACAUGGCCGUGCAGUACGCCUUGGCCGCCGGCUGCCGCGUGGUGGCCACCUGUUCGUCGGACGAUAAGCUAGACUACUUGCGCGGCCUGGGCUGCAGGGUCAUCAACUACCACAGGCGUCACCUGGGUGACGAGCUGGACAGUGCGCAUCCUGAAGGUGUCGACGUUGUCUGGGAGACCAUGGGCGGCGAUACAUUCGACACGCUCUUCAGCAAGCUGCGUCCGCGAGGCCGUCUCGUAGUGGUGGGCGCCAUGCAGGGCUAUCUCCAGGGUAAACAACCAUUCCCAGAUGCUGCCUUGCAAAACCUGCCCUACCGACUGUUUGCACGCUCUACCACUCUUGCGGGCUUCUUGCUUUCCGACUAUGCUCACUUGCACCGGGAGUACUUUGGUAAGCUGUACAGGAUGCUGCAGGACCGCAGCCUCUUUCCCAUGAUUGACGUGGGAUUGAACGCAGGCGGCUCUGAGCUGAGGGGUGUUGAAGGGUGCAUCCGCGGUGUCGAGUACCUUCACUCAGGCAAAAGCAUGGGCAAGGUGGCUGUCUUGUUUGACUGACUUCUCCUGACCUACCUGUGCACCAAUAAUCGCAACUGAUCGUUUCAAAAAGGACGAAAACCGCUCUGGUGAUGUAUUUGUCAACACGCCUUUAUGAUAUGCCUAGUUGGUGGAAGACAGCAGGGUAGAAAAAUAUAUUACAGAUUGCAAGCUGAAAUAGAUGGAAGGGGGCAUCAAACUAUUGAGGCUCAGAUCUGUACUCUCAGUUUGACAUUCAUUGGUGUGUAAUGCAUUUAAUCUUAUGCCAUGACUUCAGAGCUGGGCCACAUAGCUGGACCUUGGUGGUCGAGUAAUCUGGACUGUGAUUGUUUUGCGCAACAUUGCUCACAGGUGACAACAAUGUGAACUGAAGAAUGCGAGAAGACCAUGGCAGAAAUUUUUUCCAGUACAUGAAGGUUACGACAAAUGUUGUGCCAAAGCAUGUGUAGCAGUUUAUGCGUCUAUGGCUAGUCACAUACCGAAUAGGCACAUGAUUCCCAGCUGCAUCAAGACUUGGUGUGGCAAUAUUUGUAUAAUUUUUGUCAACAAUGCCCCCUAGCCUAUAAACACAGGGAUAUGACAUUUUUUGUAACUUAGCAAUGUACUAGUGUGGCACCAGGAGUGCUUGCUUUACGAUGCCAAAAGAAAUCUGCAGGACAGAUUAGGCUGGUGUAAAUUUAUCCUGGAAGUUAAUGCAGCGACCACAUAAUGUUUUGACCUGGAGCCAUUAUUCCGAGCUGGUUUCAACAUUGUCGGAAGCACCAGAAAUGUGCCUCUUAUGUCCAGUGGAAAAAUUGCAUGCAGAGGCUGAGUGUACUUGCUAUUGAAUCAAUCCACAGCUCGAAAAACUGACUGUGCAGCACAUGUUAUUUCUUAUGAAACACACUCUAUGAAAUGCCUGCUAUCUGUACUACACACCAGCACAGGUGGCUAUGUUGUACAAUGAAUUCCCGUGAUUACGAACUUGUGACAAUAGGUCAGUGGCACUUCUGAUAAGUGCUUACUGCAUCCAUCGACCACCAAUAUUACUCAAUAUUUUACUGUGCCAUGUACUGGAGACUUGAGGCUGUUGUGCAUGUGUGCAAUUCUGUGCCACAUCCAAAGUUUGAAGGUUUGCAUUAUUUUUUGCUCCGUAGUAAAGACUAUGUUUUUUGAAGGAUUAAAGGCAUUAAAUAAAGCUA